CCUCUGAUAACACAUACAUACGCACUUAUACAUAUAUACUCUUUUCCUUCGCAGUGCUCAUGGCAUUCUAACUCUUAUUCUAUUUUUUUUCACACCGUUCGUCUUCAUCCUUUAAUCAAACAUGGUCAACACAUUAACAAUAUUACUAAUUAUUCUCGUAACUCAUCUUGAUCCAGCAUGCUCGUCCAAGUAUUAUAAAAUUGAAGUAAACAACAAAUUGGAUAGUCUAGUUGCAAGUCACGAUGCACAGGUUGCUCAAACAAAAAAAGAUCAAACCUCAUUUAAUCCUAACAGUUGGUCACACAUUACAAUUGUAGGUAUUAUUUUGUUUGCGGUUGGUACAUGUAUAUGUGGAUCCUGCUGUCUCUGUUCUUAUUGUGGCUAUAAACACUUUCGCCGAUAUCGUACACUCCGCGCCGCAAAAGACCAUCAGACAAUUGAAUAUUUGAACAAAUCUGGAUUAUUAUCUAAUAUCCUAGUUUUAAACUAUCUACUGUCUACAGUUGAACAACGUACUCAUCCACCACCGCCACCACCAACCAUAACAUCAAAUGUUCAACAACAACCGCUAUCGUCAGCAGACAUUGCAUCGCGAACUGGCUAUAAGGCAAUGCCGCCGGGAGUCAUUGGCGGUAAUGUAAUGGAUGGCGGUGUGUUUAACGCUACAGCUUUAGCGGCUCAACAAGUGCCGACGUAUGACGUUUCACAAAACAUUGCUGGCUAUUGCAGGUUGAUAAUUACGGAUAGAAAAGGGAUGACUGUAUCAACACGACAUGCGGAAUUAUUAAAUGAACCGGGUGUGGAUGGAAUUAAAUAUCAAGGACUCAACUCCGCCAAUUAUCAAAUUAUUACCGCGUCCGAUGAUUUUAUCAUUCGAGGUAAUCCACAUGAAGUACUGGCACCUCUCUUCACUUAUCACGGCUUUCGUUACAUCUCGGUAUACGCUAAUUACAUUAAUAUCGAGUCAGUUGUUUGCGAGGCGAUACACAGUGAAACAACUCUGAUCGGUAACUUUACUUCUUCAUCGCUCGUACUCAAUCAGAUUCAACACAAUAUUCUGUGGUCACAAUUAAGUAAUAUUAUGUCGAUUGUGACAGAUUGUAGUCAGCGGCAGGAGCGACGAGGAUGGCUCGGCGAUGCAGCGCUGUCAGUCGAUGCAGCAUUAUUCAACUUUGAUUUGUAUGGAAUAUACGUCAAUUCUCUUCGGAAUAUUGCAGACGUUCAGCAUGAAGACGAAUCGAUACCUGAUACAGCACCAAAUUCCGUCGGCGGAUAUGUAGCAGAUCCAUCAUGGGCACAUGCUUAUCCAGAGAUUAUCUGGCGUAUCUAUCAACAUUAUAAUGAUACCGCCGUUGUAAAAUAA